UUAAAAUUUUUAAUUCUCUCUUUUAUUAAAUCAUCAAAAAACUUUAAAAUGUCUUCCAAUUCUAGCUCAAAAUCUCCCAAAAAAUUUUCCAAGGAAAUAUAUCCCUGCCAUAAACAUUUCUCAAAUCGGCUAAAGCAAACAUUAGCUGUGCUUUUCAGCCUCUGGACAUUAAUUGUCGCUCCUUUUUGUAUAAUUUCAAUUCUUCUACUUUUUGGAUUUUACUCACUUUUAUGGCCUUUUGCUGGUUUAUACCUCAUCUGGUACCUUUAUGACUUAAAACAACCUUGCCGUGGUUCAAGGCCUAGUGAAUAUGUAAAAAACUGGAGCAUAUGGAGGCAUAUAGUUGAUUAUUUUCCUAUUGAAAUAUACAAAACUGCUGAAAUACCUCCUACACAAAACUACAUUUUUAGUGCCCAUCCGCACGGAAUUCUUGGCUCUAGCAGCAUGCUUCUAUUCUCCAGUAAUGCUCACAAUACUCAAAAAUUGUUUCCUGGCAUUAACUUGCAUGGUGCUACUUUGGGAGUUAAUUUUUGGUUUCCGAUAAGGAGAGAAUUUUUUAUGGCCUUAGGCAUAAUAAGCUGCAAUCCUGAAUCAAUUUCUUACGUGUUAAGUAGGCCAAAGAUGGGGAACGCUGUCGGGAUUGUGCCUGGAGGUGCUGCUGAAUCAUUAGAAUCUUUCCCUAAUGUGCAUCGUAUAAUACUAAAAAAUAGAAAAGGCUUUGUUCGUUUGGCCAUUAAGCAUGGUGCAUCCUUGGUCCCUGUUUAUCACUUUGGCGAGAGCAGCCUUUUCCGGCAGAUUAGUACCAAGGAAUUCAGUUUAGCAAGAAAAUUUCAGCGGUGGACUAGUGUUGCUUUUCCUUUUGCCUAUGGCCAAAAUUUUUUAGCAAGUUUUUUGCCAGUUGACUAUAUCCACAGACUGCCUAGAAUGUUAACUAUUGGACUUCUCCCCUUCAGGAAUAAGGUGGUCACCGUUGUUGGAGCACCAAUCCCUGUGAAAAAGAAUGAGAACCCUAGCGAAGAGUUAGUGGACGAAGUUCAUGCUGAAUACUGCCUCAGGCUUAGGGAGAUGUUCAAUCAGUAUAAAACAAAGUUAGCGGGAUUACCGACUGACGCGGAACUACAAUUUCUAUAA